AGGGAAGUCGCUGUCGUCCGAGUCGGAGCCAGCGCCAGACGCCGCCGAGACCCUCAGCCUCGCCGCCGCCGCCGUCCCUCGCCAUGCCGUCGGAGAAGACCUUCAAGCAGCGCCGUACCUUCGAACAAAGAGUGGAAGAUGUCCGACUUAUCCGAGAGCAGCAUCCUACCAAAAUCCCGGUGAUAAUAGAAAGAUACAAGGGAGAGAAGCAGCUUCCUGUCCUGGAUAAAACCAAGUUCCUUGUGCCGGAUCACGUCAACAUGAGUGAACUCAUCAAAAUAAUCAGAAGGCGCUUACAGCUGAAUGCCAACCAAGCCUUCUUCCUAUUGGUGAACGGACACAGCAUGGUGAGCGUCUCUACACCCAUUUCUGAAGUGUAUGAAAGUGAAAAGGACGAAGAUGGAUUCCUGUAUAUGGUAUAUGCCUCUCAGGAGACGUUUGGAAUGAAAUCCACCGUGUAAGGCUAGCAAAACACAUCUAUUCUAGAAUUUUUAAACCCUUAUUGAGGGAAAAAAAGGGAUGUUACCAACUGAGAUUGAUCAGUUCAUCUAAUCACAGGUCAUCAAAGCAGUAGUGUUCCCACUUAGGACUUUUAGGGAGUUGUUUUUGUAUUUUCAAGCAGCAAAACUGAGCUCCAAAUGAGCGCACUCAGCUUCAGAAAACUUUUAUUAUUUAACCUAGGCUAUCUUGUUUUCAAAUUUUAGAAGUUUACAAAUAAAAUACUUUGCAUUUUAAGUUGCCAAUAAAAUAGAUCUUGGAGUUAUUACAAUGCUCUUUUCCCCAGUAGGAACAUGCAAUCUGAGCAGUAAUUUAAAGUCCUUCAGAGAGACACUCAGUCUUCUCUUGAGGUUCAGAGAGUCUGCAGACUUUUUACAGAAGGCUUUCUACUCCAUUAGAGAAAUCUCCACAAGAGUAUCUUCAAACACAUCAGUUGUCAAGCAUAGCGCCCCCAAAACUCAUUUGCCAUAGUAGGUGGCACAAAGUGGGGUAAAUUAAAAACACACCUCUGGCUCCGAGCUGCUGUCCAAGCUUCCUGAUUCCUUAUAGGAAGAAUAGCAAAAGUCAACUCUUUUCCAGUGUUACAAAGUUUAAUAAACACCAAGCUGUUUGUUUUGGUUUGUUCUCUAGACAGUUACACAUAGAAAAACACCACAGCUUAAUAGGAAUCUUGAAUAAUUUAUAAUUUUGUUCUAGCCCCAGAGGAGAAAGGAAUGGUAUUUUUUUCUAUUUUAGGUUUUUUCCAAUCUGAGAACUCAAACCAGUAAUGGUUUGGUAAAUACGCAGUUAUAUCAAUUCCAUUCUUUAGGACAGUGGUAGAAACUAUAUAGAAUGCUAAAAUGUGAAAGCAUUAUAAUUCAGAUGCACCCCUCCCCACCAAGCUUAAGUCCAUGUUAUAUGUUAACUGUGACUAAAAUGUCAUUAAAAAUUCUCACAUUUUUAAGAGUAUUUCAGUGAUCACCAUUACGUGAAACCACCAAGAUCCCCCCGUUCUAAGUGCAUGUCAGUUGUGAGGAAAAUGUAGCAAAAGGAGACAUAAGCUCUUCACAAAUGACAGGAGUUAUGUAUCGUUGGAGUUCACCUGAGAACAAAUGACUUGAUGCCUCCUGCUCCUUGCAUGGGUUUACUACUUACUGGCUUCAUGGGAGCAUCCUUGAAAGUCAGUCCCUGUAGACUGUGUGGCAGGUCUCAGUUUAUCCUUGUGUAUGUAGGUGUGUGGGAUCCCUGUCAGUAACCGUCACUCUGCCGGAGGGGAAGCAAAAUUUCCCUAUGGGCGCUCUCCCUGCCGCUAACGGAGCUCCACUUCCCUUGACCUUCUCCUGCAUGCGGCUGUCCACAGUGCCCACUUCUAAUAUGUGUAUUUUUGCCACAUUAUGUAAAUUCUUAACCAGCUUGUCUUGUUUUGAUUGUAUACAUCGUUAUAUCUGACAUUCUUGUAACUACUGUGUGAUAGAUAAGAUUCCUAUAAGCAACUGUUCGGAAAAAAAAAGAAACCAUGCCCAGAGGGGUGAUUUGUGACAUCAGCAGGUGGUCAUUUUUGUUUAUAGGAUCUUUGAAACAUUUUUAAUGAACUAAGGUGAAUAAAGGCACAACGAAAAACUCAUCAAA